AGAAAGACCCACCCCCUCCACAGAACAGUUAGCCGUGGUGAUAGUGUGAGGUUUGCAUUUGCUGCUGGUUCAUUCAAGGGCACACACGCAGACAUACACACAUAUCUACAAGCCUGUUCAAUUUCUCCAGGACUGGAUAGAUGACUCUGCAGAGGCCUUGCUAGAGAUGGAUGCUUAGAUUGACCUGGCAAUGGAACCAUUGACAGUUCUUUUCUGGGGUCAUGAGCUGGUUCUUCCAUUCACUUCUGUGUAACAUUACCUCCUGGACUUCAGCCACACCCUCCCCUCACCUAUGCCUGCAGGACCAUGGGCAGUGUCAGCAGCCUUGUCAACGGCAACAGCCUUAACAGCAAACACUGCAUGGCAUCUGAACAUAGGUCAAAAAAGGGAAUAUGUCCUCAUAGAAAGAGUGGAGGUUGCAGCCUUGACGAGUUACUGAAGUGUGGCUUUACUCAGGGCUCCUCGUCUAUGACUCAGCCCUCCAAAGGCCUGUCACACUCCCGGUCAGGUCGAAGUGAAGAUUUCUUCUACAUCAAAGUGAGCCAUAAACCGAGGUCAGUGUACCAUAGAGGAGCAUCAAUGGAAGAUCACGCAGGUGGAAAGAACAGAGAUAGGGAAUCAGAUGGGCGACUGCAACCCAAACUGCUGCUCAUGUCAGGAAAAAUGACUGACAGGAACUCUGCUGAGAAGUCAUUGGUCCGUUCCACUGCCUUCAAGCCUGUGAUUCCCAAGAGUACAUCUUCCACAGAGACAGGCCACAACAACCUGGACAUCCUUUGUCCUCUGGAGAAAGCAAGGAGCCCCUAUAGCAGACAGCAAGACACCUUCUCAGGGACUCUCUCAGACUCUGGACGUAACUCUAUGUCUAGCUUGCCCACCCACAGCACCAGCGGCAGCCUAAGUGCUUCCACGGUCCCUGUCAGUCACAGUGAUGGCAGCUCAGCUCCUGCAAACAGCCUCAACAAGGGUGUACAACCCAAUUUCCAUACAUGGGUCAACGGGAAUGGCAUUAACCCUGACUGUAGCUACAGGGCUGGUUUAAACUACGCAGAGUUGGCAUCUAAGGCUAAUGGGGAUGCUGGCUCCCCGCUUUGUUCAGAGGAGCCAAGCACUCUCUCUGAAACUGCAGGUGGGAUUCGGUCCCCCAUUACUACAGAUAAGUCACUGAUUGAACUUCUGGAACAAAGGCUGCUGGAGAGAGAGACUGAACUGCAGGAGCUACAGGUACAUUUUGAAGACAAGGAAGCAGACACGUGCCAGCUGUUUGAGGAAAGACAAAGGUACUGUGCUGAGGAUAUGGAGGGACUGGAGCAGCGCUGCUCCACAAAGCUACGGCAAGUGUCCCAAAUGGCUGCAAAAACCCAGCAAGCACUCCAGUUGCAGGUCAGCCAGCUCCAGGCAGAGAAGGAGAGGCUUCAAGAUGAUGUCUCAAAGCUAACCCAAGAGAAGGAUCUUAUGGAGCUCAGACUCAGGUCCUGUGCGACAGAGAGCACACAGCUCGCGCCGACACUGGAGGAAACUCAAUGGGAGGUGUGCCAGAAGACAGGGGAGAUCUCAUUGUUGAAGCAGCAACUGAGAGACUGCCAAGCAGACGUCAACCACAAGCUAAACGAGAUAGUCUGCCUCAGAGCGUCACUGAAGGAGAACAAAGCAAAGAUGGAGACACUCGAGAGACAAAAUAAAGACCAUGAUGACAAACUGCGCUCUCGCACCAUCGAGGUUGAGGUGUGCCAAAAUGAACUUCAGCGCAAGAAGAAUGAGGCAGAUUUGCUGAGAGAGAAAGUGCGCAAACUGGAGGAAGACAUUCGGGGAAUGAAACAGGAUAUUGCCAUGGCCAAAGAGCGGAGGCUGAAGCAACGUUUACAACUUGAGGCCGAUGCCCAGACCCAGGCCUCGGAAAGACCAAUCCAAGGCUCUGACCGGGGGGAGGGGGGCAGCGGACACAUUGCCACAGAAUCACUCCAGAGAGAGGUGGAGAGACUGAAGCAGCAGCUCAGGGAGGAGAAGGACACACAGGAGAGGCUGGCGAACGGCUUUGACCAAGAGAGACUCACGUGGAACAAGGAGAAAGACAGGGUCAUCAAGUACCAGAAGCAACUCCAGAUCAACUACCUGCAGAUGCACAAGAAGAACCAGGACCUCGAGAGGAUCCUGAAGGAACUGUCCACUGAACUGGAGAGCCGGACGGAGCUCGGCAUGGAUAUCAACUACAGCUCAGGGUUACAAACGUAUGAGGACGUUAUUGCAACAGAGAUUUAAUGGAACGAUUAAAGUGAACUGGGCACUUGACUUUUUUUUCACCAUAGAUAUUUAUGAUAUUAUAACUGCUGGAGAUUAUUCACUGCUAAAUAGUUGUUUUACAAGGGUUAUUUAAUAGAAUGUGCAUACUCAAGAGUAUUUAGUUUCCAGGUCACAAAAUGUUUUUGUGAUGACACUGUUAGUACUUGUUUAAAAGGAAAUACACAUGUAUUUAUUGUUUAAUUCAUUUUUUUUUUUUACCAUGUUUACCAACAGGAUCACUCUUAGUUUAAAUCAUGCACACAUUUGAAGUUAAAACACCCUUUAUUAGUUGCUCAGUGAUAGCUGAUUUAUCCGUUUCAUGAUUAAUUUCCAGUGGUAACAACAUAAGCAUGAUAGGGGCUUAACAUCUAUCCCUUCCAGCAUGGCACAUGGCAGUGAUGGGUCCUGAACCUUGAUAGACUUUGCCUUGUAUAUUCAUGGUACUGUCUGCUCCAACACGGUCCAUUCUUAGAGGGGUUGCGCAUGGAAAACAGUUUCAACCCACUUUAUGAGUUGUUUCAAAACAGUUCACAGGUCAUAUGAUGUAAAUAUGUCUUAUGCCCACACCAAUGUAAAAGGGUUUUGCACUUCAAAAUACAUGUAAAACUAAAUGCAUUUCAAUUCAACAGUGAUCAUUGUAAUCAAUAUGCACUAUAGUGCGGUUGAUAUAUUUUAUUAUAUCAUCUGUAUGGUCUGGAUGAACUCAAACUCAAACCUUAUGUUCCUGAGAACAUUUCAAUGAUACAGUAAAUUAAUUCUGCAAAGCAGUGCCAUUACAUGUCUCAUAUCAGGUGCCAUGAUAGAUCAUAUUACCACUCAUAAAAUAAUCAUCACUCCACUGAAUAGAUGUAUCAUUGACAUAUUUAAUUAUAAAUUCAGGCUUGCUGUGUUGAUGAGGUCAAACGGUUCUAAUUUAAUAAAUCUAUGAACACUUUGAAUCGGUGGACAGUGUUACUGCAUUGUCUGAGCAAACCUUAUGCCAUGAACCUCUUCAUUCCUGAUACAUAAAUGCACAUAAUACAGUAUAUACCAGAGAACACCUCUGACAGAUACCAAGGGCAAAUGCAAAAUGUGGGAUUCACUUUCUGUUUUGUGUGGGUUAAGUGAGAAAGAGAUUAAACGAUGCAGGAAGAAUGCAAUAAAACUAAUACUUUAAGAGAAAAACAAAAGGAAAAAAAAGGGUGAUCUCCCAGUAUUGCCUAUCUAUCUCCCUACAUCGUCCAUCUAACUUUCUGAGAGUUAGCUGGCACUGUUCCACUUGAAGACAAACAAUCCCUCCUAGCAGCAGCCCCGGACAUUUGGCUCUGUUAUUUUGCAGCUAUUCCACCUCCCACAAGAGCAAAGUAGUUUGUGAAGCAAAAGUUUACCUACUCCACCCACUCAAUACUCAGGGGCUCACAUAGACUAUCAGGCAGAAAUAUAUGCACACACUGUGCUGGUCAAGAAUGUGUGGCCAUCUCUGUAAUGAGGCUGCAUUAGAUUGCUCAGCUACCCAC